ACCGCGCACGCAAACGCGUUGUCCAAAACCAAAUUCGAGUCAGAAAAAAACGCCAGUAUAAUAAUAAUAACUAUAAAGAAGCUUGGCAGCCGGUCCGAAAGACACGCUCAGUCUCAGUCUGAUAACGUACGUCGAGUCGUGCACGUCGCGAGUGCGCAACGCGAAAUUGGAUACGAUUUUCUAUAGAUAAUAUCUAGCUAUCAAUCUAUAAAGCUGCGACAAAAUGAAGCUAGUGCUGUGUAUUGUGUUAAUGCUUGGCUGCCUGGCCACGCCCACGCCCGCCCAGUUCAAUCGCCGACAAGUUCGACAAAACUGCAUAACGCCCGAGAACUAUUAUGGUAGAUGUGUGGCGCUUAGUUAUUGUCCCCAGGUGGUGAAUGUCUUCCAGCAGACCGAUAGAAACACUGCCGAGAAUUAUAUUUUUCGACUGCAGCGCAGCUGUGGCACACGCAGCGUUAAUGGCGAUCCAUUGGUGUGCUGCACUCGGCCAAUUACUAACCCGGUUACAGAACCACCUGUGGAUUUUUUCACGCCCACAGAGGAUGAGUUUGUGCAGAUACAGUUGUCAACGACAACGCCUGCACCGGAUAACAAUCCCUUCCUGUUUCCCGUGACCCGAACAACAACAACAACUCCACGUCCGACGACAAUAAGGACAACCACUACGCCAGCUACAUCUGGUUCGCUUAUUGAGCCGCGUGGACCCACUUGUCGCUUUCCACCUGGCAAGGUUGGUGAAUGUGUUGAAAUCAGAAGCUGUGAGCCCGUUCUCAACGAGCUUAGGGCUAGGCAAAGCGAUGCCGAUUUUGCCAAUCAAUUGCGGGCCUCGAAUUUGGUAUGCGGUAGUGUUGGGACCCAGGUCUGCUGUCCCACUGGCCAGACGGUGCCCUCUCCAACAACAUCCCGGCCGCCCGUCAAUUUGAAUGAGGUGCCACGUCGUCUGCCCACCGUGGCGGAGGGCUGCGGCUCAACACCCAAGGCAUCGGCCUUCAAGAAGGUUGUCGGCGGCGAGCCGGCCAAGCAGGGCUCAUGGCCCUGGAUCGCUCUGCUUGGCUACGACGAUGGCUCCUCGAGGCCAUUCAAGUGUGGCGGCUCCUUAAUCACAGCCAGACAUGUGGUCACAGCAGCCCAUUGCAUUCGAGAAGAUUUAACAUUUGUGCGUUUGGGCGAGCAUGAUUUGCGAACGGACACGGAGGCGCGUCAUGUGGACAUCAAAAUUGCUAGGAAAGUGAGCUAUCCGCAGUAUAUUAGGCGCAUUCAACGUGGAGAUAUCGCGUUAAUCUACUUGGAGCGAAACGUAGAGUUUACGGAUACGAUAUUGCCUAUCUGUAUGCCCAGCAGCCCAGCUCUGCGCUCCAAGUCCUAUGUGCAAACGAAUCCCUUUGUCGUCGGCUGGGGCAAGACACAGGAGGGUGGCCAGUCCGCUGAAGUCCUAAUGCAAUUGAUGAUACCCGUGCUCACAAAUCAGGAGUGUCGCGAGAAGUAUGCGAAAGUGGGUCGUUAUCUGGCGCAGGAACAAUUUGACGAGGCAGUGCUUUGUGCGGGCCACUUGGGUGGCGGUAAGGAUACCUGUCAAGGUGAUUCCGGGGGACCUCUAAUGACAUCCGAGGUGGUCGAUGGACAGAUGCGCUUCUAUCUGAUUGGCGUGGUGUCCUAUGGAGUGGGCUGUGCACGCGCCGAGAUACCUGGAGUCUACACGAGUACACAGUACUUCAUGGAUUGGAUAAUCGAGCAGCUGUUGGAUACGCCUUAAGAGAAUUUAACUA